UCCCUAGAUCCAGGUCUAGUAACUAGUCGCAGUAGGUAACUCAACUCCCGUCUGAUGUCAUAAAUAGUAACUGAAGCCCUGAACUACUGAAAGCAUCUGAAGUGAACCGCCUCCUCUAACCCGGAGGAGAGAGAGAAGAACAACAUGGCGAACUUUCCUCUGGAAUAACUGUUUUCUGAAGAGCUGUUUCUGCAAGCACCGUGCAUCAACACGCGAUCUGAAUCUGAAGACGCUUUAUUCGGGGAAACCAGGCUUUUUUCUCAUGGAUUCGGAGCGUGUGAAGUAUCAUGGGAUGAAAGUUUGAAACAGUUGGAUACUAAAGUAGGACAGGAUGGAGAAACAAGGAACAAGACGCGAAAAGUUUGGUCUGUUUGGACCGCGAGCGCUGGGCAGGGCCGUGCACGCCGCCACCGCCGAUGGCCCGGGCCUCAGCAAGGCAGAGUUCAUGGAGAAGGUGCGUCAAAGCAACGAGGCCUGCCAGCUGGGAGACUUCCAGACGGCCGUGAAGCUGUACGGCGAGGCCCUGCGCGCCGACCCGCAGAACUGCAUCCUGUACAGCAACCGCUCGGCCGCCCACCUCAAACUGGGCCAGUACCAGACCGCUCUGAACGACGCUGUCAAAGCCCGCCUCCUUAAUCCUAAAUGGCCGAAGCUCAGAGAAGCACAAGUCAUCGCUGGUUUCCGUUUGUUUGUUUGUUCUUUUAGCAUUCAUUGCAGGUACAGCGAGCCGAGAGCUUGAGAUUUUGCCAAAUCGCCGCUUUGCUUAACAUUUCUCAGCUGUGAUGUUAACAGGCACUCACAGCAGAACAUUACGGCAAAGUCAGCGUCUGAAAAAUGAUCGCAGUAGUGGCCUUGCGGCAGGAGCUCGUCUGCUCUUGGCAACGGGAAAAGGGCACACUGUGAUAGACUUGCUAACAAACAACACGGGCAUGUUUUCCUAUAUGCUCUCUUACAGCUACUAAGUAUUAAACUAGAUUAAUUAUAUAGAGAGAAUUUGAUUAGUUGGAUUCAGUUUCUGACAUAGUU